AUGAGGAUUUAUCUCCUCGCAGUCAGUGCCAUUUGCCUGCUCAGUGCAGGGCUGGAAUUGGAUCAGGAGUCCUUGCGCGUGGAUGCUUCUGCAGCUUUGCCUCUCCACCUCAACGGUGAAUACUUCGGGCCGGUUGAGGUGAGCCGCAGUGGAUUCCUCUACAAGCAGGUUGGUGCCGGCUCUCGCUGUACAGACUCAGCCGGAGUGCCAUACAGCAGGCUGCAACCAGCCUAUGCCUUCGGACUUGGUGAGUGCAUGGACUCGUGCAAUGCAUUCGCGCUUGGCACAUGCCAUGGCGUGGGUUUCCAAGAUUCUGUGGGCUGUGUCCUGUACCUUGAGGCUGGUGCCGGCAGCAGCGAUGCUCCAGGCCUGAACCGCCAGGUUUGGACACUCAUCAACGGCACGGGGACUGGUCCCGUCGCUGCUUCGCAGAUGGGUCUGGAUGGGCGAGGCGGUGCGUGCUACCGUCGACAGCUCGAUGCAGCCUGCUAUCCAGCUGGACGUGUCCGGAAGAUUGUGUGGGAGGGGUGCCGCUGUCUAACCCAUUGGGCCCUGGAGCUGGAUGACGGCUCAUCUGAGUCGCCGUCGCAAGUGGCGGGUCGUAACUGGAGAAAUUGCGCUGGAGAAGCGCACUUGGAUGGUGAUGAGUACAUACUCGGGAUGACACAGUACGGUGGUGGAUACUGCAACUUCUACGGCGGCUGGGGUCGACGGUUUGAUUUCUUCACCAACAAGCGUACAGUGAAUGUGAAGGCGCCAGGAAAGCCGCAGCUUCACGUCGCAUCUGAGAUCGCCCGACGAGCUGUGACGGUGAGCCGAACGAAAGAAGGCGGGAAGUUCUUCAUCUUCCACAAGUCCGAGUGGCUGAGCAUCUUCGGCUUGCUCCCGAGCCAGGCUCCAGUCAAGACUCGGGUGAAGCAGCUUCGCCAGAACGAGAUCAUCUGGGAGGGGGAGGUGGUCGUCUGGGGCAACUCGAACGGCCUGCACGGACGACGAUCACACGAAGGUGAGCCUGGUCAGUGGCAGUUGAGUGAUCUGCUUGUACCUUUUGCUGGCCCGGAUGCUGGUGCAAUCGACUUUCUGCUCUCCAACAGGGCUUCCGCCGUGGUGGGCAGCUUCCUGGCCGUUUCGGAGAAGGACGUGAAGUCGAAGGAAGGGGUGGUGAAUAUGGAAGAGAAGGUGCAGUUCUCCAUGCGCCUGCAGCCUGGCAAGCAGAUUCUGGGACCCUUUGUGGGCCCCGUAGCGGGGCUGUACCCCGAGGGCCGAGUCACCCAGGUCGGUUUGGCCGAUGUUUGCGUCCCCGAACCUCCUGUUGCUCCCAGAAACGACACAGCAGGAAACCAGUCGGAUGAAGUGCCUCAUGCGAAAUCUGUUGUGACACCCAGCUGUGGUGGCACCGGGGGUGGAGCUGCUUGCAAAUUCCCGUUUGAGUUCAACGGAAAGACCUACGAGAGCUGUACCAAAGAGGGUCACGAUCGGCCGUGGUGUUUCACCGUGGCUGGGGACAAUACGUGGGGAAACUGCGACUGCACUGCAUCGCUUAUUUCCCUGGAAUCCGCCACGUCUACAUCGGUGGCAGCAAAGAAGCCGAGAGGAGGCUCAGGUGGCAAGUCCUUCGAGUAUGCUCUGUUGGCAACCUCCACCAGGAGCGCUGAUGCCGGCUACAGCAGCUGCUGGGAUAUUGGUGAAAUCCAGUUCUUCUCGGACCGCAUGUGCCGGAACCAGAUCACAGUGAACUCGAGAGCCAUCUCUGUCAGCACUUACGAGGACGGCCUUCAAGCCCACGAAUACAAGGAGAUCUCCAAAGACAUGCUUUGCCGAGCAGGGGCAGAUGGGCAGUGGUACCUAGGAGGCCGAAGAUCAGCCAGAGGAGGACUCUACGACAGCCUGGAUGCCUGCAAGGACCUCUGCACCUCCGAGAGGAGCUGCACAUUUUUCGGAUAUCGAGCAAAGGAUGGCAGAUGUGAGUUCUUCACGGCCUUUGGUGAUUGCGAGAACAAGAUGGGAGGAGCCCCGGGCUUCGCCAUGUACAAGAAGAAGAAACCCCUUCAGACAGCCACGGCGCACGAGGUCAGCUGUGCGAAGAUGGCACUGUUGCCCGUCAAGAAGGGCUCCAUGGAAGCCAGGUGCCGCAGCGGGAACGAUCUUGGUGACGGCUUCGAGUACAUCUUCAAUGUGGGUGCGGGCACUUCUGCUGCGGCCUGCGGCGAAGCGUCUACGUGCGAGUGUUGCAUGCGCCCCAAAAAAGCAGAGGAUGGUCCUUGGCCAGUGGCCUCGAAGAGCAACACGCGCUGCAAAGUGCUGGAUGUGACAGCCAAGGUCGGUGUCAACGACGUUGGGGAGUGUCAGAGCAAGGCCGUCGAUGCCGGGCACGCCUUUUUCUCCCUGUUCGAUGUCGGCGGCCCCAGCGGCCGGAAGGAGUGCUUGACAUCAGCGACCUGCACUUUGGUCCAGGAAGCACGCGGCUGGCGAGUUUAUGGUCGUCAUCCAGCGGGACAGCAAGAAGCCUUCGGCCGUGGGAGCGCUGCACUGGGUAUCGCACAAGGUGUGUCGGAAUGGACAGAGAUUGCGGAGCCGAGCCUGGCUAUUUCCAAGCUGGUCGAUGGCCUCGAUGUGACGCCCCUGCGUGCCUGGGGCCGACAAGCCGUGUGGGUGCGAGCCGAGGUGCCCGGCGAAGUGGGCUGCAUCAAGGUCUUCCAAAGCGCGGCAGAGCUCUCUGGCUGCCGUCCCUCUGCCGCGGUGCAGGUUAAGCGCCGGGCGGGGCCAGGUGCCGCGUGGAUGCGGUUGGCCACAGCAGUUUGGCCAAGCAGCUCACCAAGCUGGAUACGAAUUGGCCUCGCAGACUCCCGGUGCGUGGGGACCAAGAACAGGGAGCUGCCUCGAGGCUUCUCAGCUCCCUCGAAAGUUCCUGUCCUGGCACCGCUUUCCAUCGCGGACAUCUUCCGGGGUGCUGCCGCAGGGGAUUGGGGCCCUGCAGCAGAAGGCAAGCAUUUCAUUGCGGUCACCACGUACCCGAAGAAGGACGGCUCGCAGGGAUUGCGCAUUCUCUUCGGCGACAGGUAUCCCCAGACGGCGCCAGCGGUGAACCUUCCGCUGUCAGACUGCCAGUUUGGUGGAGUUUUUGGCACCGGUUCGAUGCCCCUGCUGCAGGCCAGGAAGACGAGGCAGGUGAGCUGGCCCGGAGCCACCUGGAAGAUCUACGAGGGACCGAUGACUGUCUCGAUCGACUUCGGGCACAGCGAUGAGAAUGUGAAAUGUGUUGACCCUGACGAGGCGACCGCCUGUGAUGCAGAGGCUGGCAACCACCGCGGAGACGACUUCCCCGACCGCUUCACCAUCUUCGACAUGGAUGGCCAAAUUUGUGCCAAACGUGGAGACGAGCCAAAUGCCUCAUGGACCUCAGAGCUGCGACUCAUCAUCUCGUGCAAGUCCGCCUCGGAGGCCGCACGUGCACCGGUCGCGGAGGUCGGUCAGCUGCUUGGGAGCCCGGGAAGCUCCCUCAACUGCACCGCAUCUGACACACCGGCUUUCUGCUCAGCAGAGGCCGGAGAUGACCGCUAUGACGCUUUCCCUGCGAAAUACCUCACGUACUCCACAGGAAGUGAGGUCUGCGCCGUUGCCACUCAAAGUCCGGUGCCAGCCCAGCUGGCAACCUCCUGCAUGGCACCGGGACUUGCAGCUGUCAAGGAUGUGCGGACUGCAGUGGUGAUCGGCUCCGGUGUUGAUGACUUGAACCAGAAGUGCACCAUGCCACCGAUGCCGGUGGCCUGUGAUCGCGAGGCAGCAACGCAUCGGAAGGAUCCGUUCAGCCAUCGAUUUGAUGUUGUUCCUUUGCCAGGCGGCCAGAUCUGUGCCGUCCUCACUCACGCAGCGCCGGAUUCGGCAAAGAGGGCUGGUCCAAUGCUGCUUGCUGAGGGCAGCCAGGGUUCAGGUAAAACCGUCGCUGGCAACCGCUGGCUCCAGGGGCGCAAGACCUUCAGCGGCGUUCGAGGAUCACAGGAGAUGUGUGGACCAGGUGAUUCAAGCGGCACCUACCUCGUUAGAAUCUUCAUAGAGCAAGGAGCCCGUCAUCAGGUUGGAGUUGCCAGCCGUGCAUGCUGCGAUCAGUCGACGCAGUCGGGGAAUGGUACACAACUGCGGAAGAACUUUGCUGCGCUGGCUUCGGUGCCCCGGGGCUGGGAGGCCCAGAGGGGGGCUGCGACACCGGCGGAGGAGCCUGGCGUGAGUUGGUUUGACGGUUCCUGGGAUGGGCCUCGGGCAGUGACAAUGGUAGUCUCCUGCCUGAAGCGCUCCUUCACCCUGGGCCUGGAUGGCGGCGAUGACUUCCUGGGGGAGAUGCUUUGGCCAGAUACCUGGGGUGGUGUCUAUACCUUCGUGGGUGGAAUCGACGGGGACCACAUUUACCGUGUCGAGUGGGCUGCUGCAGCCUUCGAAAGCCAGUUCCGCUGCGCGGAGCUCCCAACGGAGCAGGGCAGCGACGCCGAGCGCUGCCUCCGUGGCAACGAGCUGGGAGAUGGCCAGGAGUACGCCUUCAAUCUGGGCGAGUCGCCCAAUGCCCUAUGCAGCGGAGGCUGUGCUUGCUGCGCGAGGAAGGCCGUAAAGGGGCUGGGGCCCAUGAUUCGAGCGCUGGACAGCUUUGACUUCGUUGGAAACGGCUAUUGGUCAAACUUCAGGGAUGGCUUCUCCAGAAUCGGCAUGGAAUACUACCUGCCUGUGGAUGCGCCCGGCUGCGAAAGCUGUGCCAGGGAAUGCCUGAACUAUCCGGACGAUGCUUGCAUCGCCUUUAACACAGACGGUGGCGACUGCUCCAAUGCUGCGAACUGCAUGGUCUACACAGAGCUGGGCACGGCUUAUUCGCACGAGAUCACGCGAGCCUUCACACGGAAGCCAGCCUCAGUGACGACGACGGCCGGCCCGACGACCGUCACCACCACGAAGGCCUGGGACUUCGAGCUCGCGCUCAGCUGCAGCCCGCAGCGAGACAAGGUGGCCUUCUACAGCGUCGGCUCCGGGACUUGUCAGGAUGCCCAGGGCCGUGAGGCAGCCGCUGCCUCACGACCGCUUAGCACAAGAGCGGGCUGCGAGGCGCACUGUGAGGAGAUGUCUGAAUGCCUCGGCUACUUCAUCCAACCAGAGCUUUGUACUCUGUACCUGUCCUCAAACAUGGACAUCCCCGAUGGUUGGAGCUUGGAAACCAACUUGGAUUCCACCGCAGUCGACAUAGUACAAGGUUCUGGCACACCAGCAGAUGCGAACUGUAUGAAGAAAGGCUUGCAUUACUGUGGAUGGACACCCAAGCCUUCAACUGGAACUCCCUUGAACUGCGGUCUGGACUCACCUGACGGAGACGGAUGCAGCCACAGUUCGUGCAUCGACGUCCUCGCAUGUCAGGCGGCUUGCGAUCGCUGUACAGGAUGCGUGGGCUUUUCCUACCAGGCCUUGUCGGACUCCGGAGUCCGCUGCUACAUGAAGAGCAGCUGGACACACUCCGGAAGAGACUUCGUGUCCUUGGCGCCGGACUCUGCGAGCUGGCAGUCUUACGUCAAUGCCCGACAUGGUGCCUGUGCGGCGACGCAGAGAACGGUGCACUACUGUGGCUGGACGAAGCAAAUCGCGCGGUCUGCUGUUCCCUUGGACUGUGGCCUCCAGUCACCAGGCGGAGAGGGUUGCAGCACUGAAGCGUGUCCGGACUUGGCAUCCUGCAAGGCUUGGGCCGCAGUUUAUGCCACAUGUGCUCCGGCUAUGGAUUCGAAUGACAGGGACUGGAGCAGGGACUGUGAUCUCAAGGGCUCCUGUGCUACGGGUGAUGUUCCCGGACCACCCGCCAAGAAGAAGACAGAGGCCAUGCGCUUCGCGAACAAGAAGCUUCUUGUCCAGCUCUGCGGCCGGGGGGACUUCCUGAGACGUUGGCGGAGAGUUCAGCUCGUGCGGGAGGCCCUGGCAGAAACGGCCGAGUGCGAAGGCUGCCAGAAACUACAUGCCGAAGGCCGAAAGAAGAAGUUCAAGGAUCCCUUUUCUGCUGUCCUUUCAGUCGAGCACCACUUCCAUGAGCCCGAGGAAUGUGGCCGCCUGGGUGUCCUUGUGCAUGCCGUGGCGAACCAGCAGCAUCUUCUGAAUGCGAGCUGGUAUUUCCAAGCUGCCGAUUACUUGUGGAAGGUCCUGGUCGAGGCUGGGGAGGUGCCGAACGCUGGAGAUUUGAAGGAGGGUUCCAAGGAGUUGCGCGACGAGAAGUGCGUCCGUCUCUGUGAGGUGGUCGAUGUGGUUGCUGCUGCCGUCGGUAUCCGUGCGUACCAUCGGGGAAUGGGCGAGCCAGGUCCAGAGUUACCAUCGAUGCCCGAGAAGGACGAGAUGCCCUACUUUGCAAGAGUCACGGAUUUCUGCUCCUCCGGCCUUUCCUUCGACAGCAGGGCCUGGGGUCCACGGCUGGAGGACAAGGACAUCAAGGUCGAUGUCUACGAGAAGAUGGGUCUGGUCAAGACCGCGCCCGUGAAGAGCAUCACGAACGCUUACGCUCCGGGCAGCAAGUGGGAGCCUGCAGUGACCACAUCGUAUGACUGGUUCGCAUGGUCGCAGACUGCUUAUCCGCCGAAUGUGGACUUCUUCCGUCUGCUGGGCAGCUUCGAGAAAGAAGGUGCGUCGAUCAGCAGAGCAGACAUGGAGAGUAUUGCAUCUGCCUACACGGGCGCCGAUUUUAUCCUGACCUUUGGAGGCGAACUCCACAAGGAGAUCGGCCUUAUGGUGGCGCUGGGACGAGCCUUGGGCAACGAGCGCAUGCCGGCCGAGCCAGGCAAACCUUCCCCACGGGCGGAAGUGGACCGUUGCGCGGCAGAGCUCAAGAUGGCUGUUGGUGACGAGAUCGCAGCCAACGCCGCUGCAAUCGCGGCGAUGUUUGCCGCGAUCACGAUCCCGGUGGAUGCGAGCGGCCACAGCAGCCCAGAGUUGGCUCGCUUGCAGCCGGUGAUGAACCGGAUUGUGCGCUGGGCCAACUACACCAAGGCUUGCAGCGGCACGCUUGCAGCACCGGGCGAGCCGAGCCAUCUCAGCGCCUCCAUCCAUAGUCGUGGGUGCAUCGGCUUCGAGAUCAUGGAGCAAGGGAACGGCGGAUACAGGUGCUGGAUGAGAUCUGCAUGGGAACAUGACACAGACUACCAGUCCAGCAACCCGGACAACUCAUCGUGGCAUCCCUACGUCAACGAGAGAGAUGACCUUUGCAACCAGGAUCCGAGCCUGCAGCAGUUGCGCGGCCAAGUUCUCAAACACGUGGAGCCAAUGCCCGGACAGAAAGAGGAGGGAGAUGAACGAGCUUCAACAUGCUUGCGGUCCCAGAUUGACCUUCAGAUGCUUCCACGGGGCGCGUACACGCUCUACGCGGAAGUAAAGCUUCAAGACGCAGCCGGUGGUCAAGUUAUCACCUGGGGCGCAAACGGGGACGAGGGCCGUGCUGCCUCGCCUUGCCUGAAGGCCCGCUACUGGGGCCUGGCUGCAGUAGAGGCUUCUGCGAAUGGCUACUAUGAGCCAUUCUAUUUGGACUUCUUCGAGUCAGCGGAUGGCACCGGUGAGUCGUUGCCAGCUGACGAGGUUUACAUCCAAGGCCUCAUCAGCCCUGGUGUCCAGAUAACACAAAGCAAUCGAGGGCGACAUUUUCUUCAGUACAAGCCCAACCAGCAGAACUGGGGUGUGUCUUGGACGGAGCAUCAAGUUCCUUUGAUCUACCGUGACCUGGGCAGCGCGAAGGUCAUCCGGUCUGCGCGACACGCAGCGCGUCCAAAUCACGUUCCACAGGAGGCGGUAAUCGUUGCCAGCAACGAUGGCAUCGUUUGGUACGCGCGGUUCCGCGCAACUGGCGAUUCAGCCCGCGAGUUGAUCAACCAGCCGGUGCAGUGUAAGGACCCCCUGUUCGUCCCUGAGCCCGAAGAGGGUUCCGAAGACGAGGUUUUGCCUAUGCGCAAGCACAUGUUGGUGGUCGGUGGAGAUUCAGUGAAGAGCUUUUGGGGCAGGAACCCAUUUGAGGCUAAGCUCAACAAGUCUUUGGCCGACGAGAAGUGGCACAGCAUCAUGUCGACGUUUGAUGGCGUCACGCAGAAGCUUUGGGUCGACCAUGCUCUGCUUGCAAUCAAGCAGGCCAAAAACUUCCUGAGUGUUCUUCAGACCUCCAACUUCUGCGUUGGCUCUCGUGAAGAUGGUGAAAAGGCAUUCCCUGGAGAGCUGCGGAAUGUGCAGAUCUUCUCGGAGGCCAAGAUGCCAGGCUCUAUCCAGGCCGACAUGAAUCUGGCGGUCGUAGGCACGGCCAGCAUGAGCUCUUCGCUGAAUGUUGGAACCGAAGGCGCCCUCAACGAUGGCUCCCUGGACUCACGCGCGAUCUCUGUGGACGAGAGGAGUCCCUGGGCACAGGUGGACCUCGGCAGUCCCAUGCCUGUUGGAAGGAUCCACAUUGAGAAUUCGGAUGCCGACCAGUGCGCUUCCAGGCUCUUCCUAGGAACCGAAUGCAGUUGGGACUAUGACAUUGGCAACUACUCCGCUGCUGAUCAAGGGGCGAGCAUUGGAAUCAGCAUGACGCCCUGUGAAGGUGACAUUUGCGGCGGGGUGAUCUGCACGCGGAUUACAGGCAGCAACCAAAACGGCACCGGACAAACCUAUGCUGGAGAUUGCCAGGGGCGAUAUGGCCGCUACGUCUAUGUGCAGCUUCCUGGACCAAGUCGUAUUCUCGACGUGCGUGAGCUCCGGGUAUUCAAGGCUAGCAGUGCGGCCUCCGUGGGCGAGACCGUGCUCUGUGCGGACCGCAGUACAUCCUGCGCUGGAGAUGUUUGCUGUCCAGGCUUUGAGGCAACGGGCUUCAAGACCUACCCUUGUCCUUCGGCCCACGACACCUUCAUGAAGUGCCAGAUCAAGACGAAAGUUGUGAAUGCAUUGGCCAACGUGUCGCGUCAAGAAUCUGAUGAUCAGCUUGAGGAGAACCUCACCCUGAACGCCACCGUUGCUGCUGCACCCGAAGGCAGGCGCAUCUUCGUGCCCAUGGAUGGCGGUGUGGGCCGUGCGUGCCGUGGGGCACACCGGGAAGACUGGCGAGGCUCUUACGUGGUGAAGCAUCGCGGCCGAAGCCUGGAAAUGUGCAAGCUCAUCUGCAGGAGUCAUCCCCUCUGCCAGGGCAUUGAGUACAAUGAUGAUUGUGAGAUUUGGGUCCGUGCAGAGGGAAUCGGUUCUUCGGUGGCCUACGAGGGCCCAGCUCGCUUCUCCACCUGCCUGCGCUUGCUCCCGCAGGAUCUGGCCCCGGAGACGCGCUUCACCAGCCAGCAGGGCCGAAAGUGCCGAACGAAGCCUUACACCAUGGACCAGACCGCAGGAUGCAACGGCUGGAAAGGAUUGACAAUCGAAGGCUGCAAGGACAAGUGUCGCAUGAACAGCAUUGCAGAGAAGUGUCCGGCGAAGCUUUGCGCAGCGGCAGUUUUCUUCACGAACUCGGGCUUCUGUCACCUCUACGACGAGUGUGAAGAGACGGAACCAGACCGGAGCGCUCUGCUUCUCCACCGGGAGGUCACGGCUUUGCAGACCUGGCCCGGGCUUGUUGCGAAGGGCGAGGAGUGCAAUCCGAAUCCUGGCAUGUUCGACUUCGGCGCGGGCCCUCAGUCCUUCAGCAUCCUGGCCCAGUUGUCGAACGUCAAGCUGAAGAAAAUCCAAGGAGAAGUCCAGGGCCCCAUCUUGAGCAAGCUCAGCACGGGACGAGGCAAGAGCUACUGGUCUGACGCCCGUGGGUGGGAGUUCGGCGUCAUCUACGACAAGAAGUGCCGAUGCCGACUGCUGCGCUUUUUCUUCCGCACAGCCUCCGGGCAUACGUUUUUCGGAUAUGGCACGACCCCGCUGACAGGGGCAGAGGUAGAAGUUGCAAUGUCUUUCGACGCCAAGGAUUUCACAACCACUAUGUGGGUCAAUGGCAAGGAGGAGAAAGUUGCACAACGACCUCAGUGGUAUCGUACCCGCUUCGCCGGUGAUUUCUCCUCGCGCGCAAAGCUAACGAUUGGCCGCCGUUUUGGUGGCUCCCGGCUCUUCGACGGCCAGCUGUUCAACGUGGUUCUCUACCGCGGGGUGCUGGAGGACAAGGACUUUGGCGUGGAGGUCACCACUCUGAAGUAUCAGUUCGUCGGAGUUGGAAGGACGCUUAGCGAGGACUGGAUCCAGGUGCGGACGUCACUGCUGGAGGAGGAGGCCGACUCCGGGAGCGGCGGCUCUGCCGCGGAAGUCGGCAACUGGAGCGAGGCUGUGCCGUGCAAGGGUUGCAGCCGCUACACUGAACACCGUGUUGGUGGAAUUUGCCAGUACGACAAGUCCAAGACCACGUGUGCAGUGUGCAUGCCUCCGCAUGAAGGAGUCUUCAACUGCCAAUGCGGCCGGCGCUUUCCGCACACCUGCGCCCCCUGUGGCAAAGAAGAACUGUGCUCGUCCUUGGCCAAUGAGCCUCCUCUGGAGCUGGGACGCGCCACGAUGAAUGGCGUCAGCUUUCAGCUCAACUGUCAGUCCUCCGGAACGGUGCAGCUACAGGCGCAAGUGGUGGCACCUUACGGCGGCUCAGACGUGUUCUACCUCUCCAUGGGUAGCUGCCCGUCGUGGAGGUGGUUCCUGCAUUCGGGCUGGGGGACGAACUGCGCUGAGGACGACAACUGUGCGUAUCAAGACGAACCACGCUGGACCGUGAAGUCGGAGCCGUGUAAGCUUCGCGAGGGAAAGCAUUUCGUCACCUUUCGGCCGUCGCAUCCCGGUGACAUUAAACUGACGAGGCUGCGGCUGACAAGUGGCUCCGACUUUUGCACGUUUGAGCCACUUCCACCUGCCAGCACUACGACAACCACCACCUACACGACUCCACCGUACUUGCAGGGCGCUUGCCCAUCUGAAGCAGAAGAAGCCACCGAUUUCAACAACUGCCCUUUCCGAUACUAUGUUUUGGAAGUGCUUUCCACUGCCGGGGACGAGGCCGCGUGGAAAAUCGGCGAGUUGCGGCUCUACUACCUCAAUGCCAGGGGACGACUUCGGAAGUUCCCAAGCUCAGAUGUGCGCGCGGAGCUCGUCCAGGAUGAUGCUGAGACGCGAGGCUGCGAAGCGAGUAACGCCUCGAAUGCCUUUGACCUUUCAGUCUUCAGCGGCCUCUGCUCACCGAGCCCGAUGAUCAAGCUGAGAUUGGAUCUGGGUCGGGGGGUCUCCAUCGCCAAGUACACGGUCAUCAGCGCCAAUGCCUCGAGUUCCUUCGAUCCGAAGUCGUGGAGGCUAUGGGGCUCAGUUGAUGGAGCAACAGCGAGCGACAUGACUUCGCUUUCCACGGCAGUGAAGCUCAGCGACGUGUCCCAGGCGUACUUCCCAUCUGCUCGCUGGAUGUGCGAUCCUCCGUGGGGUGUUCCACGAAAGCGAGGCUACCACUGCAUGGCCACAACCACGACGACGACAACGCAGGUGGAGGAGGAGAUAAUUGCCACCACCACGACCACCACUGCUAUGAUCAAGAAAGAUCGGUGCUUUUACAGAUACUAUGCGCUGCAAGUGCUGCAGGCCAACGACGCGAAGGCGACAAGCUGGCAAUUGGCAGAGGUGGAGCUCAGGCAGAAUGGCAAGGCCUUGCUUUUGCCAAAGUCACGCGGGUCAGCUUGGUUCGUCCACGGUCGUGCGAGGAGGCCCGGGACAGUGCUUGACGACGGUACGGAGGCUUUCAACGUCUUGGAUGGAAAUCUGGCGACCGUGGCACAGCCUGAUGGAGGCUUCUCUGCGAACUACACAUCCGUGCAACUGGCUUUCGGCCAGCGUGUUCGCGUGGCACGGAGUAGUUCCACGUUCGAUUAUGCAGAAGCACAUUUCUGCAUGGACGCCGAUGAGGAUACUCGUUGCAGCACUGCGUGGAACGGAGGUUCAGGUGAGCUGAACCCGUGGUGGCAAGUGGACCUCGGAAUCCGCGAGGCUGUGGAGAUUGUCGCGUUGCUGAGCCACCCUGACGGUUGUGAAGCACGCUAUGGCGUAGACGUGGGAGACAAGUGCACGCCCACCGGCGCCGUCGUCAGCGUCAGCGACGUGUCCUGCGCAGGCCACACUUGUCCCGGUGAGCCCUGCGGCAAGUUGGAGGUCACAGGCAAGGACAACUGGUACUAUGUCUCCUGCGAAGGCAAAGUGGGCCGCUACGUGCAAGUGCAGCUGAAGGGCCAGAGAGUCCUGAACUUCCGCGAGUUUCGACUCCUGGACAAGGACAUGGUGACUGAUGUGGACCUACCGGAACCUUCACAGAAGGCGGCCAUGGACUAUUUCGUCCGGGCAGACCGUAAUGGCUACUAUGACACUCGGUGUCAUGAGAACCUUGCCAGCACCAUCCGCGGCUCCAGCCAGAAGAAACUGGAGGAGUGUGCGCAAGCAUGCCUCAAUCAUGGAGACUGCGGAGGUUUCUCUGACUACAGUGGGAUGGCCUGUGUCAUCAUGACGAAGUCGAAGGCCUCGCUGGAACAGCGAUGUGCGUGGACGGAUGAUGACAAGGCAUCGUACUACGAGCGCCAAGACGAGGUCGCCGUCACCACCACCACGACGACCACGACCGGCGUGGACACUUCCAUUGUGGAGGCCGGCUGGGAGGGCAGCAGUGACAGUGGCCGGCUGGCUGCGAAGCUAAUCAUGGACCUGGGGGAGCAGAACUUCUUGACCGAGUACGCGAUCGUCUCAGGCUCCGGCCCUGACGGCACCCACCCAAAGAAGUGGAUCCUCAAGGGAUCCAAUGAUGCCAGCGCGCCCAUGGACGAGUGGGACGAGUUGAGCAAGCACGAUUCCGACGAGCCUUCGUUCCCACCCGGGGAGCCAGGACGGAGGAAGCCGCUGCUGCUCUCAGUUGCGUGCCCGGCCGACGGCGGAUGA